AUGGCCAUGCUCAAAGUUUCCCAACUUUUGAUUAUGGCAUCCAUAGUCGUUUCAGUCAUCGCAACUGCCCCGUCAUUCUGCAAAUGCACCUGCUUCACGAAUAGUACAAUAAUACCACUUUCAUCUCAUGCACCAUCUGUAACACAAAAUCUUGAAGAAGCGCAUCGAACUGCUUCUGUCGGGUGCUUGAUUUGUAACAAAGCCUUUUGUCUCUCACAGCGGCUGCCCAUAUGUAAGGAUGCUGAAGAAAAAGACGUAGUUACAAUAUGUUUUCAGCGGGAUAGCACCCAGGAUAAAGUAGUGGUUUAUUCCUUCAUCACUGCAACCCUUGGACUUUUGGGCUGGGCAGGUGUAAGACGGGUUGUCGAAAAAAGAAAAGAACAUUACUCACAAGUCAACGAUAUAUAA